AUAAUGAUUUGGGGAGAGAGGGGAAUGGCAGCUGAAGAACACAUCCGUGGAUGUAUACUCACAUACUCACAUCCUUGGUUGUUCUAGUGACCCUUGCACUUACCAGGCAGUAAGAGGAGAAGUACACACAAGAGACUUCAUCACUACCACCCUCCAAAUUCUCCCAGAGCUGCAGGGUGGAUGUGACAGGGUCUAUCACUGUGAAUUUUCAGGGAAUGGAUGGGAGGAUGCAGGAUGCUAUGACUGGGGAGGUAUGACUGAGUGGAGUGGUGAAUUGACUGUCACACGGACUUGGUGAGAUGAUCCACCGGCGAUGCUGGGCCCCACCUGGAGAGAUGGAGGGUGGUGGUGGGAGAGGGUGAGGUCAGAGAAGGGGCGAGUUCAUCCAGGUGGCUGGUGCUGGGGGCUGGAUCACGGCCUCUAUGAACCCCGAGACCCGGCUUCCACUCAGGUGCUUGCCAAGCCUGCUUUCUGUGUGCUGCUCCUGUCUAUACUGGGCUCGGCUCUGGGGCGCGGCGGCAGGCGCAGGGACUGCAACGUGCCCGACGUGCUUCGGCAUUACCGCGCGGUCAUCUUCGAAGAGUUGCAGGCGGUGGUGAGCGAAAACCCCGCCAGGAUUGGCUUUUCUUGGGGAGGGAUAUGGGAUGUGGGAUCAGUACCUGGUCACUCCACAAGUCCCUUCUUUGAUUUUAUCCAGAAAAACUUGACGGGCACCGGGGCUCUCAGGCGCCGGGGACGAGGCGCCUCCUGCCGGGCAGAAAAGGAGCACCGCAUCUUGAUGUCUAUCUCAUCCAUGGGACGGGCUCUGCGCAAGGCAGUGGCAGGGGCCGGGGCUGGACCCGGACGCCGCCGCGGAGCCCUGGAGAAGGCCGUGUGGACAGUGGCCAUGCACACUGAGGCAGUGACCCGAGAGUACUGCGGGACUCUGCAUCAGCGAAGCCAGAAGCGGCUGAGCCAGGAGUGGCAGGAGCGGAAGCGGGGUCCGGAGAUGGAGCCAGAGCUGAACCUGGAGCCGGCCCUUGCCCCGGGUCGGAGUCGGGGUCGGGGUCAGAGACGGCGUCUGUUGGGAGCCGUGGAACACUUGGCUGCCUGUUGGGAGAAAUUGUUUUUUCUGCGCUCCCUGGCUUCGGCCGCCGGGAGCUAUUAGGGAGAAGGAAUGGGGGUGGGGGGUGGGGAGGUUCGUGGUGUGUCCUCCUCCGUGCCCCGGGCCUCAGUCUCUGAGGCUUUCUGGGCUGGAGAAAGGGAAGGGUCUGCCCUAUGUCUUCCCCCUACCAAGUCCUCUCUCCUUUCACCAAUGUUCUCCAUAAGUGGCUGGAUGUGUGGGCGGGGAGAGUGGAAAGGAAAAUUCCCUCUUUCUGCACUUCGGCUCCAAGAAGUCCUGGGGUUGGGGCGGGGGGGGCGGGGCUUUAAGGCUAAACAGGCCUUUUUUACGCGUCACUAUCCACAUCUAUGCUCCCUCGGCUGAGUUCACCCCUUGAAUUGGGGUGAAGGUGGAGAGAUGGAGACUCGGAGCAGCAGUUUAGUGUCCCUGGAACUUUAUUAGCAAUUUACACUUUUGUAUAUUACCCGAAUACAGGCAGAGG